AGAUGUGUCACUUACAAUAUAUACCGUGUAUUAUUAUUUCAUGUGCUCGGAGCUUGAAAAUGGCCUUCCAUGCUGUGGCCUAUGCGCGCUUUUAAUUGGUUCGUUACCGCUCUUGUUGUUAGCCCUCUCAAAACGUCGGUAUCUUUUGAAUGAUUGCAUUAACUACAGCGGUCGAUACAUUUACCCUGAUAAGCAUGAAGAUGAAAAAUACAUUGAAAUCUGUUCAAAGCAUCUUGAUAAUAUGGUGAAAAACGUUUUGUUUCGCAUUUCACUUGUAUUCCUUUCUUUCGCUUUCAUCGAAUUGUCACUAAUAUACAAAUACAUAACUGAUGGUACUAAAUCAACAAUGACACAACUUCGAAUUCCUUUCACCGAGGAAAAUUCGAAUGCUGAAUAUAUUGGUAAUACUCUAAUUCAAACCUCUAUCGGUUUUCACGGAUUUCCUGGCUUCAUCAUCAUGGAAAUUGCACUUGAGGCAUUUCUUGGAUGCAUAAUGAUAGCGCCAAAGCUGAUCGAGCAUGAAUUUGAAAAAAUGAACGAUAUUAUUGAGAAGCAAAAAUACAAUAAAUUACAAGUGAUCGGUGCAUUUAAAUACACGAUGAGCUUAUCUAUGGAUGCCGAGGAGUUUUCGGCCACAGCUAUCGAUCUUUUAUAUUGGCGAACUUUUUUUACCCCACCCGCAUUCACAUUUAGUAUUGCCAUGUCAAUAUUUUGUCAAUACAUGUUCGAUUAUGUUGGUGGAUAUGGAUUGACCAUUAUCGCUUUUGUACAAUUAUAUUUUCUUUGUGCUUAUGGUGAAAUAUUUCAGGAUAACGACACAGGAAAAAUAUUAUACGACACCAAGUGGUAUGCACUACCCGUUGAAGUUCAAAAAAAUCUGAUACCUCUGAUCCAUCAAAAACAAAAUUCGAGAGGCCUUUCGAUUGGACCAUUCAUAAAAAUUAAUAUUGAAUGUUUUGGAAUUAUCUCAAAGAAAAUCUAUUCCUUUAUAAUGUUUCUAUUGAAUUUUUAUCAGUAA